AUGAGUCACUGCCAGCAGGAGGCUCCUGCUGCCAGCUAUCCCCCUGCUCGCUGCUUCAUCGGAUGGUGUAUCUACAAGACCGCGCUGAAGCGUCACAAGGAAAGUUACACAGGAGGAUCCAGUGUACUGACAGCCCUUGAGACAGACACACCCGGUGCUAGGAAGCAACGAGCCUGUCUCCUGCAAACUGCUGCACCUGCUGCUGCUGCUGCUAGGAAUGCGGAGGCUGCGACAGCAGCCGAGGCAGCAGCUGUCACUGCGGCGAUCAGCUUCGCGCUGGGGAGCAGCCUCCCGUCGCUUCCCCGCUCGAGGAGGCGUUUCGAGGCUGCUGCUGCGGCUUCGGCGCAGACAGCUCCUGCCGCCUCAGCAUUUGUACCUGCAGCAGCAGCAGCAGCUGCUGCUGCUGUUACUGCUGCAGCGGUAGCAGCAGCAGGAGUUGUUGUAGAGAGAAGGCAGCAAGAAGAAGAGGCGAGAAAAGCGAUUCCGAAAAGCAAAGCCAAGACACUCCGCGGGGAGCUACAGCCUUCCAAGGCGCUUCCUGCAGCCCCGUCGGUUGCUGCAGCGCAUGCAGCUGCUGCAGCUGCUGCUGCUGCUGCUGCUGCAUGCCGUGCAGGAAAACUCUCCAAAGGGCGUCUCAGUGUUUUAGUUGCGCUCUCUUCUCUUGGCGGCUUUAUUGCUGCUCAGCAGGCAGCCACCGCGCCUGCCGUUCCUGCCGUUGCCUCCAUAGCUGCUUUAGGAGGAGCAACAUCUGCAGCAGCAACAUCUGCAGCAGCAGCGUCAGAAGCCUCUCUAGCAGCUUCCUUGGUGGCAGUAGCGACAGACGUUGGAGCUUUGGCUGCUCUCUUCACAGGUGUAUUCCUCUCCUCAGCAUGUGCGAAUUCGCUCAAUCAGCUCGUCGAAAGACACCUCGAUGCCAAGAUGCUGAGGACUAAGCACAGACCGCUGCCUCUAGGAGACAUCCGACCCUCGUCAGCAGUUGCUUUCGCAAUUACUUCGGGGAUGUCGGGUGUCUCUCUGCUGCACUGUUGCUUUCCAUCUUCCUUUGCGGCUGCCCUCGCACUGCUUACCAUCGCUCUCUACGCUGGCGUGUACACGCAACUCAAAACUCGAAAUCCUUACUGCACACAUAUUGGAUCGGUAGUCGGUGCCCUCCCGCUGCUCAUCGGAUGGUCUGCUGCAAGUCUCGCCGCGUGGGGAGGCAUUACAUCGUGGAUGUACCCGGUUAGCAGCUUGCCUGCUAAUGUGUAUCUGCUCAUGCUGCUCUCGCGCUUCAACAGAGACCCCUGCAAGGCUACAGCAGGUCCUUUCUUUAAACAUUCUCUCUGGUAUAUCCUCUUGCUGCUUGGACUAGCUGGAUAUCACAUGAAGCCUCACACUCAGCCGCAGAAAGUGCAGCCGAAACGCUGGGAGCUUUGCCCCUUCAAGUUGCUGUGCAGAGCCUCUCCACUUGGAGCUUUCUUGAGUGCGCCAGACUUGCUGCCGUCUCCCAGUGGAUGGCAGCUCCAGCAACAACAACACUUGCAACAGCAGCAGCAACACUUGCAGCAGCAGCAGCAGCUCCUGCUCUGGGAAAGCUGUCCUCUUCGCACCCAAGCGGCAGCAGGCGCUGCUCUCGUUCGUCAGCAUGACGCUUUCAAAGGAGCCAGACAGCUUCUCUCCCUCUUCUGCCCGCACAGUGUGUUGCUUUUUCAAGAGGGACGCUGCCCUUUCGCGUCAAGAAUACACAACAGCAGCAGCUCCAGCAGC